AUGGAUCUCUUUGAGAAACAGCUCUCGCAGUGGAAAACGAGUUCUACAAGGGCCAGUGUUCCUGCUAACCCCGACCGCGUCCCGCCGUUUUUCUACCGGGUUCCAACCGACGAUGAAAUCCUGCGACAAAAACUCCGCGAAGAAGCCCGAGCAAUAUUUCUACAACGCCGCAGUCGGAAUCUAGUGGACCAUGACGAACUCAAGGAACUCUGGAUUUUGUUGGACAAGCACAGCGAAGGCUCGGCGUCUUCCGACCGCCGGAAAAUCAAUUACCGAGAUUUCAUGAAAGUUGCUGAAGUGUACCAAGACAAGUGCAAGUCUUACUUUAAGCCGUCACUGUUCGCCCAGUUGGUCGAAGGCGAUCCCUGUGGACAGGUCCCGAUCAUUUCGAUCUUCAACUACGUCAUGCGGAAAGUGUGGUUGCAGCAAACCAGGAUCAGUCUCUCGUUGUACGAUGCCACUGGUCAGGGUUAUCUCACCGAAAGAGACAUGGAGAACUACAUUACGGAUCUCAUUCCUACAUUGCCGCAACUCGGUGGACUGGAGCCUUCGUUUCACAAUUUUUAUGCGUGCACCGCGGUGCGCAAAUUUUUCUUUUUCCUGGAUCCGAUGCGGGCCGGAAGGGUUCGGAUUCAAGACGUGCUGUCUUGCAGUUUCUUGGACGAUUUGCUUGAACUGAGGGAUGAGGAGCUGCCAAAGGAAGCGCAG